UUUAUCAAUUCAUUUCCCACUAUUUCCUUUUCCAAAUCCUACUUUUAAAUCAACAUAUAUUUUGCUAUAAUAAAUACAGCGAUGACUUCGAAUUUGAUGCUCACACACACAUCAAUUCCAAACAAGAAUCCUCUGCGAGUCACAUUUUCUUCAUCCCUCAACCCCCGAAUCAAGUUCAGAACCAACCUCGUCGUAGCUGAAAGCCCAGUAGGUAUGCAGCAGAGAAUAAUACCGAACAAGCAAGGUCAAAAACUUGUUGGUGUGUUUCAUGACACUGGAUCAGAGAAACUUGCGGUUUUAUGCCAUGGUUUUCGAUCCAAAAAGGAGAGCAACAUGAUGGUAAACCUUGCCGCUGCUUUGGAAAAAGAAGGAAUUAGUGCAUUUCGCUUCGACUUUUCUGGAAACGGGGAAAGUGAAGGCCCCUUCGAGUAUGGUAACUACGCAGGUGAGACAGAAGACUUGAGGUCUGUUGUUGAGUACUUCACUGGAGUAGAACGCGUGCCGGCUGUUGUUCUAGGGCAUAGUAAAGGUGGCAGCGUUGUCCUCCUUUAUGCAUCCAAGUAUCAUGAUAUAGGUGCCGUUGUUAAUGUCUGUGGCCGUUAUGAUCUCAAAAGUGGUCUCGAAAGACGCCUUGGUGCAAAUUUCAUGGAAACGCUGAAGAAGGAUGGCUACAUUGAUGUCAAAACUAAAACAGGGGCUGUAAGUUACCGAGUCACGGAGAAGAGUUUACUCGAGCGAGUGAAUACCAACAUGCACGAGGCAUGCCUUAAAAUCGACAAGGGUUGCAGAGUGUUGACAGUUCACGGAUCAGCAGAUGAAACUAUCCCAGUAAACGACGCGCUAGAGUUUGCAAAGAUUAUACCAAACCACGAGCUGCAGAUAAUCGAAGGAGCUGAUCAUAAGUUCAGUUCACAUCAAGACGAAUUGACUUCGGUAGUUGUGCGUUUCGUAAAGGAAUCCUUGCAGUAGAGUGAACAUCUCUGCAAAAUGCUUAUUGUUGUUAGAUCAAACAUCAAAAUUCGAUUUUUGGACCAACUCAAGGUAAUAAGAAUAAGCUGUCAAUCUGUUUGAAUUA